AUGGCCUUGCUUGACCCCCAUAGAUAUCUAUACAAGGAAAUAUCUUGCAUCCUACGAUUAACCUUAAUCAAGGGAAUCCCUAUAAGGAAAGGAUCUCGCCAAUUACGCGCACUUAUGAGGAUCUUCCCUACAAGGAAAGACCCUCUCCACCAAGAAACAGAUACCAGCUUUACGCUACUAUCAGAAUCCCAAAACCCUCACAAACCAAGGAACAACGUAGAUUACCAAAGAUUGGUUCUUACUAGUUUGGUUUGCGUCUCUGUCAUUUUUAGCAAUAAACGAUAUUCAAACGCUCUUAAUGCAGUGUACAUUCUUGAAGAUGACUACCUUCAGAAACACGAUAAAACCCAAGCUAUUGCUCCACCUUGGUGGGAAUCCUUCCAUUUCCAACUAAAGCACAAGUUCAUAGACAAAACUGGUUCCAUAUUUGGUGCCAUUUAUGAAUAUAAAUGCCAAGAUCCUGUUCCAACUGCCCCUCAAUAUGUUAUUGCCUUCCAAGGAACAAUCCUCAAAAAAGGAACAGUGGUACGUGACGUCAAGUUAAACUUCAAGUGCUUCCUUAACGAACUUCACAAGUCCCCCUGCUUUCAAGAAGCUGUGGAUUAUGUUUGCAAAAUGGUUACUGAAGGUGCAAGGGUUUGGCUAGCUGGGCAUUCUCUGGGGUCAGCUAUGGCAUUGCUUGCAGGAAAGAACAUGGCCAAGAAGGGUUGUUACCUCAAAACUUAUCUUUUUAAUCCUCCAUUCUUUUCUUUCCCCAUAGAGGCGGUUCCCAUGGAUGGAAGAAUGAAGACUGGAAUCGGCUAUGUAUGCCUUAUUGCCCAGGCAUGCUUCAAUCGUUUUGUAAAUGGUCGUCAACGUCAUGAGGCUGAAGUAGUUGACCCUUUUGUAGCACUAUCUAACUGGGUUCUUGACCUUUUUGUGAAUCCAGAAUAUCCAAUUUGUUCAGAAUAUAUUGGAUAUUUUGGAGACAGGAAGAUGCUGGAGAAGAAAAUAUUAUUUGGAAAAUUGGACAAGCGUGUAACAAAGAGUAGCAUGGAUUCAGGCUCAGAAUCACUGCAUGGCAUUCCUUCAGCAGAUCUGACCAUUUAUAGGGGUCAAUUGAUUGAAUUCCAAGAACAGCUUUCUAAGUAUGAAAAAUUUAAAAGCGCUCAUGGAAUGCUACAGUGGUGGAGUUGUAUUAGCUAUCAAUCUCUGCGUUAUGAGUACAACGCUACAAACUAAGUUGAAUGAAGCAGUCCAGGUAUGAAAGGGCAGAAUGGAUCUUGGUAAUGUUAGAAUUUUUUGAAUAUUAGAUCCAUUGGUGGAUGGUGACCACGUGUUAAUAUUGGAACCUUCUAAUGUACUUAA